GACCGUGACGGCUGCAUCACAAGCGCACGCCACGAGUUUUCGGACGGCAGCGUCGCGAGACAGAUCUUUCUCUCGUCGCCGCGUUCUCUCGUUUACUUCUCUUCUUCUCUCAGGAAAGAUCGUUUCGAGUUAUCGCGAAUAUAGACGAAUGGCAAUCUUCUUUCGUAUCGAUCAACAUUCGUAUUGUAUUGUAUUGUGAGCCCAUCGCAAGUGAUAAAGAAGUAUGUUCCGCGUCUUCGUCUGCUCGAAGGUCUCACGAAGUAUACGAUCUCAUCGUGAUCCUCACGGCCACCACGGACACCUGUAAGGCUUUUGUUUUCUGCGUCCAAUAUUUCCUCGUGCUUCCAAUACUUCCUCGUACAGCGAGAGAAUCGGUUGAAAAAUUACCGGUAUUGCCGGAUUACCCAAUUUUAGCCACAAAGGAGCUUGAUGUUUGCGUUUAUGACUCACGUAGCAACGACGUAAUGUUGGAACCAGAUUACACCGGCCAUGAAACACGAAUUAAAGUCGGAUGGCUAUACGGGCAAGACUCGUGCGCAAAGGCGCGGUGAAGCACGGAAAGCACAGCGAUGACGCUUCCAGUUUCGAGCUAUGAGGAACUUCUCAUCCAGGUUCGUGAGCUCACUCAUGAGACGAUCCUGCUGCAACGUCAAUUGUCCUCCGAUCUCUUUGACAACGCCGAUCCACCAGAUGUGAAUCACAACUUCUCCCUCGUUCGGAAACACUACGAGAAAGGGAAACUGCUGGUGGAUAACGCGAUACGGCAUUGUGAUAAAACGCAGGAAAUCGAGGCAGGACAGAAUUCCUUUGCUGAAUGCAACAAUCUGAGAUUUCGGCCACAAUACCGCCGCGAUUUGGACUCUAUCGAGAGCGCUCGAUCGGGCGAACUCACCAGCCGGCUUCUGGCCUGGCGAAGUCGCGAUCGUCAUCCGAUAAUAUCGCAGGUAAGCGAUGCUGCACCUGGUCGACGCACGCACGAAUCCGUGCGUGCCGGACCGGUCUGUUCGGCAGGUGUCAACGUUUAAUACAACGACCCCAUCUGGCUGAAAAUUCUGGUCGCGUGUGCGACUGACUUAUUCCUUUACCUUCGCUUUUCUUCCGCUCGUCGCGUCGCAUGCCAAUGAUCGAAUUAAUUUCAAACGGACAAUUUCUACGACAGAAAUUUAAGCGUAUUAAUUAUCAGCAAAAAUCAAAAGAAAUAUUCAUUUCCUAAACAU